UAAUUUGCGUUGGUAUUCUUUCAGAUGACUCUCUUGUGACGUUUCCUCUUACGCCUUCUGUGUGAUUAGUGUUCUCGAGCUUUCCUUCAUUAACCAGUUUUGUAAAAUAUGUGUGAACGACUUCGGAGACUUGGAGGCUGUCCCUCGUCGCUUUCGCUUGAGGUUGUCUUCGUUGUGUCCUUUCUUUUCAUUCUUGGUUCCUGCGAAGAAGAAUGCAUGCACAAGACGAUACAAUGCUAUACCUGUGACUCAAUGUUCGACCCGAGAUGCCACGAUCCGUUCAAUUAUACAGACCCCCCAGAUACUGAAGAAUGCCUCGGGUGUUGUGUCAAACUUGUCACUAAUGUGGGUACUGGGAUUGAAGUGACGAGGAGGCUUUGCACAAAACGACUCUGGAUCAACUUGUUUAUGGUGGACCACGUCUGUAUGAAAGAGGGUGAUAGAUCAGGUCAUAUGUGUUUUUGCGAGGAUGACCACUGCAACAGUGGUAACACUGUGACCUCUGCGACCUUUCUCUGCCUGUUUGCUACGAUUUUAUCCGCCUUCGUGGUUUUGUCUCCGUCCUGGGAAUUCCCUUUGAGGACCCGAUGAUCUCCGUAAAUGUGAACCGAGCAGGUGAUGAAGUAUUUGAGUGCGUCCUUAAGUUUUUAUUUCAAUCGGGGUAAAGCUGGAAAUGCCCAGUCGGGGCGGAGGGAAGCAGAAACAAGGCGACCUCAGAACGUUCUUCGCGAAUGCGUCGAAGAAAAGCAGUACUAUUGAGAAUGCGUCGGCUUUCCAGCCGGAUUCCGACGAUGAUUUUUUCCCAGACGAAAACAAUCCUUUAAUUUCAGUGCAAGAUAAAAAUGAGAAUCCGUGUCGAAAGCGGAAAUCGGAGCCAUACUCGAGACGAAGUAUACCGAGUGUGGAUUCUUUCGAUUCCUUCCUGGAUUCCGAUUUCGAAGAUGACGUCGUGCUAUUAACUCCGAAAAAGCAUUGUUCUGAAAGCCUUGUUUAUGAACAGAAAAGAAGUGUUCCGGUCGUAGAGCAACCGGAUCUUAUGAAGGAGACGGCGAUGGAAGAAAAAUAUGAUCCUGACCAAAGCUUGUUCCCGGAUGAUGUGGAAUUGGUUGACAUUCAAACUGAUGAACCCAUUACCAGUACGGAGAUGGAUGCCGAAAAGUUUGCAGCGGGGAAAACUGAGGGAGAGUUGAAGUCAGCAAAGAUUGAACUUGUUUCAGAAGAGAUAAACCCAGCUAAACUUGGGCUUGAUAUACCAGAAGAGCCGAAGCCAAAACCCGCUAUUGAAAAUUUCCCGAAAGUGAGGAUUAAAUCUGAGCCUCUUCCCGUGAUCGACACGUUUCCUGAUGACCCUCCUACUUCGGAAAAGUCGAAAGAGUUGCUCAAUUUUGUAGCAUCGGUUGAUCUCCAUCCUGCCUUGCAACAGAUAACGACAGGCAUGACUUCUGCUUCGAGGGUCGAGGAAUCCCUCGGCUAUCUGAAGGAUCUAAAGAUGACCGUCUUGGAGAAACUCCUGGAAAUUCAUCGGCAGAUCCCCAAGUCUAAGUACGCGGAGUUGCUCGGAGUGGAUAUUUCGGCGAUGGAGAAAAUAUUCAGUUGUUUGACCCGCAUCGACAAGCGUCAGAAAGUGAACGAGGUUCUCCUCAGGACUGCCGUACGCAACCAGAGUAACUCGGAACGCGAUCUACCAAAGAUAGUUGGCUCAGACAUCGGCAGUGAGCUGCAGAUUCCAGCUCACGUUUCACCAAUUAGCGCAUCUGUUUCGUUUGAUCAUCCUGCCACGACGCAUUUGCCUAAAAAACCUGUCGGCAUUUGCAGUCCGCAUAAAAAGUCGAGUGUGAAUCCGCCCUCUGCAUCCGUCGCAACUGCGUCGAGUGUCGGUGAUACUGACUUCAGGAAUGUUGCGUCGACGUCGUCGAGGAGUGAGAGUGUCGACAGUCCGGGUGUGAAACGGAAGUUUGUAUUUAAAAGAGCGUCGAAUGUUGGUGCUGCUGUGCCACGGACAUCUUUGCUGGGUGUCCCUUUGGAGGCUACUUCAGAGUCCACGACGAGAGCGUCGUUUUUGAGCCGGCCGAGCGACACUCCUUCAGCGAACGAUGUUGUUGGGAGUAAUUCACCUUCUAACUGGAAUUCUCCUUGUGGAAGCUCGAGUCAUACAUCAGCUGUGAAUGAUCGUGUUACGACAUCCAACACUACGUAUCCAACUUUCGGCAAUUCUCCCGCUUCGAGUAGGAAUUAUGCGAAUGAGUGUAAUUCAACACAAGCUGUCGCUCAUCCCACUUACGGCCAUCUUCCUGGUCAGAGUACGAGUUAUGCAUCCCCUGCAGCCACUGGUUCUCAGGCUGCCAGGACGGGUUUUAGUUUUUCUCAAAGCAAGUCCGUGUCGAAAAAUCAAAAGUCGAGCUUCUUGAAUCGCGAGAAUGGCUUUUUGACGAACACGGAUGCGUCUGCCGCGAAGUUUGCGGGCUUCGGAUUCCAGUGGUCGGACAGCUUGCGGGAAGCGUUUCGUAAAACGUUUGGAUUGCGAGAGUUCAGGAAGAACCAGUUAGAAGCUAUAAAUGCUGCUCUGCAGGGCAAUGAUUGUUUCGUGUUGAUGCCGACAGGAGGCGGCAAAAGUUUGUGUUACCAGUUGCCCGCUGUGGUUGAAGGUGGACUGACGUUGGUCGUUUCCCCGCUGAAAUCUCUGAUACAGGAUCAAGUCGAAAAACUGAAUUCUCUUGGGAUACCUGCUGCGCACCUUAGUGGGGAAAUGUCCGCUGCCGAAAGUCACGCUAUCACGCAGCAGCUUUUCGUUCGUGGAUCCACUCUGCGACUUUUGUACGUCACGCCGGAAAAAAUCAACGCUAGUGACAAGUUUAAAGACGUCAUGAGCAGUUUGCAUAAACGCAACGAGUUGAAAAGAUUCGUUAUCGAUGAAGCCCAUUGCGUAUCUCAGUGGGGACAUGACUUCAGGCCGGAUUACAAGAAGUUGUCAUCGCUACGGAAAAAUUAUCCCAACGUCCCUAUCAUGGCCCUGACAGCAACUGCGACUCCUCGCGUGCGAAUGGACGUUAUCAAGCAGUUGGAAGUGCAGGAUCCAAAAUGGUUUUUGUCGAGUUUCAAUCGCACAAAUCUCCAGUAUUCGGUGUUGCAAAAGAAGCGUGGAACGAUUGACGAGAUCAUCGAGUUAAUUUUGAAGGACUUCAGGAACCAAAGUGGAAUUGUGUAUUGCUUGUCUCGUCAAGAGUGUGAAAAUACGGCUAAUGCUCUGGUCAGUGCUGGAAUUCCUGCCGGCCCGUAUCACGCUGGAUUAACGGAUAAGAAUCGGAUUGCGAUUCAAAGACGGUGGAUUAAUGAUGAGGUUAAGGUGGUUUGCGCCACGAUUGCGUUUGGCAUGGGUAUUGACAAGCCAGACGUUCGAUUUGUGAUCCAUUUCUCACUACCCAAGUCCGUUGAGGGUUACUAUCAAGAGUCCGGAAGAGCUGGACGCGAUGGUGAAAAGGCCGCUUGCAUCCUUUUCUAUUCCUUCGGAGACGUAAAUCGGCUGAAGAAACUCAUUUUUAGCGACCGUGCGGCGAGCGUUGAAGGAAGACAGAUUCAUUUGGAAAACUUGACAAAAAUGUCUGCGUACGCGGAGAACACCAAGGAUUGUCGACGUGUAUUGCAGCUGAACUACUUUGGUGAAACGUUUGAUUCUCAGCAAUGUGCCCUGAAGCCGGAUACUGUUUGCGAUAACUGUCAGCGAACCGGAAACGAAGGUAUGACGAUCGAUGUGACGGAAAUCUGCAAGGAAAUUCUAGUCGAAAUCAAGCGUCUCUCAGGGACUCGUCGUAGUUACACGCUAGUGCACUACCUGGAUGUAAUUCGUGGCAGUAUGGCCAAGAAAAUCGUUGAUCAAAAGCACCACGAACUGAAGUUCCACGGCAUGCUGAAGGAAUGGCCGAAAGUGGAAGUGGAACGUUUACUCCGCAAGCUCGUGACCGAAGGCUACCUCCGCGAAAAGGAGUUCGUUACCCGGGAGAACAUCGUCAUAUUUUUCGUGGAGCCCACGUCGCAGUGCCAGACUUUGUUCACCGGCGACUGUAAAAUCAUGUUCGACUAUCAAACCGUGGGCAAACGCGCCAAGGAAAUAGCCGCUAAGACCCCCAAUGUCUGCUCCAAGUUAGACCAAGCUGUGGCUGAUCUGCAGAAGCAGUGCUACGCGGAGCUGGUCAUGGUUUGCAAGACCCUGGCUGCCAGUCUUGGUCCAAACAUCAAGUACACCAGCAUCAUGACGGUCGAUGCUCUGAAAGAAAUGUCCAAGAAGUUUCCUUCGACGGUGGACGAAAUGCUGUCGAUUACAUCUGUGACGUCGGUCAACUUUCAGAAGUUUGGGCAUGCUUUGUUGGACGUCACCACGCGUUACAACGAAUCGUUUUUGGGUAAGUGGUUUAUGAUUUUGCUACCAAAGUGGAAGCAAGGGAAAAGUUUUUACUACAAUAAGUGGUUUAUGAUUUUGCCACCAAAGUGGAAGCAAGGGAAAAGUAAUAGUGAGAAUCCCCGAGCUGACGUGUUGCAAGCUGACGCUAUGGAAUCUGAAUUGUCCAGCAUCGAAGGUUCAUCAUCGACGUCGGCUUAUAAUAGUGAUGCUGCCAGGAUGUUCGAGAACGACGAUAAUUUCGUUUCGGGACCCAGUAGGAGAUCUUCGGGUUACUCUGGAAGGGGUAGAUCAAAAGGGGGUCGUGGUCGACGUCCUCCGUGGGCUCGUCGGGGGAACUUCAAGCCAGCUAAAGCUGGGAAACGGGUGACGAAGCCGAAAGGCACAGUGACGGUGUCGAAAAGCAUGAUGACAGCUGCCCUGGCGAUGCGGAGCAAGAAGCGUUGAAAACGUCGGGAAGAGAACGAGAAUAUACUCGUAUAUCGUUAUGCCCGUGUUCCGCAUGCGAUGGCUUGUAUGCCAUUGAUGCGCGUCUUUCUGUGAUGCUGUGAUUUUUUUUUCUUCCCAAUUGACGAAACUUCGAAAUAAAAGCUUUCAAGUACUGAACUGUGCUCCUUCGCCGCGCUUCCAGUGCAUGAUCGUUUCCAGAGAUCUGAUUUUUUUGUCGAAUUGUUUGUAAUUGAUUGAAAAAUAUGGUUGUAAAUAAGGAAGAAAUCUGUGGAAAAUGGGCCCACGAGUGAUGGCUCAAAUUCCUCUUUUCGUUGGAUUUAUGCCAGUGCACAAGUUUAUGCAUUUCUUCCAAUGAGAUGGGUUGGUUCAAGUUUUUCUGUCUUGCUUUGCUUGCUGUUGGCUUUUGGAUGGAUGGCUAGUUUCACAGAGUAAUUUAUGAAAAACUUCCAUUUUUAGCGGCUGCUGUAUUGAAAUCGAGGAGAUCAAAAGUUCGAAAGAUUGCCCGACCAUCUCUGACAGGGAAUUGGAUUCACCUGUUACAGUUAAAAAUUUUAUGCAAUUAUUGCAGACAGCCUUUUUACUCCUUUUGAAUAUUUCAAGCAAUUUAAAAGUUUGAAGGAUUCCAGUUUUUUAUAGAAAUGUGGUGCUUCACCAUUCACUGUUCUCUAUUUUGAAAAUUAAACCUAAAUUCCACAGCUCCCCUCAAAAAAAAUAUCGUGA